AUGUCCGCGGGCCUCGUGCCGCACCCUCAGUUUGGGCCGGGCUGGUUCUUAUUCGACGGCCGGCCGGUGGUCCUGUUCCCAGGCACCGAGAACCCCGGAGUCGAGGCGGGGCCGCCGGGCGAGGCGGGCCUCGCCUACCAGGAGCGAGAUGGGGCUCUCUUCGUCCUCUCGCUCCGGGCGGGCGUGGGCGUCGAGAGCAAGCUAUGGAGCCUCGCCCUCGACGGGUGGGCGCCGGCGAUCGACGCGCUCGCCCGCGUCUUCGCCGAGCGCGAGGUCGGGCGGCUCGCCGGCGUCGCGGGCCCCGCGCCCGCGUACGUCGCCUGCGUGGCCUCCGAGGCCGCCACGCGCGUCAUCGUCGCCAUGUGCGAGGCGGCGGCGACGGCGACCCGCGGCACGGCCGUCGCCGCGGGCGCGCUGUCGACGGGCGGCGAGUUCGUCGUCCCCGCGAUCGGCGCGUCGAAGGCCGCGGAGCGGCGGCACUUCGCGGACCUCACCAUCGUCGCCGACCCGGACGCGACGCUCGCCGCCAUCGGCGACCGCCCGGUCGCCCUCGUCGCGGACGUGCUCCGCAGCGGCGGCGCGCUCGACGACGGCGAGCGCGCGCUGCGCGCCGCGGCGGCGCGCGCUGAGGCCUCUCUGGGACUCGGAGAGGUCAAAAAGCUGGCCCUGUUUCGUCGCGUGUCGGCGUUCCACGGCACCGUGACGACGCGCGAGAUCGAGCCGGGCCUGCGCGCGUUCGAGCGCAUCGUCGGCGCGAAGCUCGGGACCCCGGGCCGCGCCGCCAACAGCGAUGUCGCGGUCGUCUACAAGUUCACGGUGCGCUUCAAGGGCCGCGUCUACUACUACUACGGCUCGACGAUCGCGUCCAAGGAGAGCCUGGAGAAGAAGAAGGCGGAGGUCAUGGCGGCCCUGCGGGCCGGGGACCGCGCCGCGCUGGAGGCGCUCGGUGUCUUCUUCGCCGCGAAGCGCCAGAGCGCGCACCGCCGCCGCCUCCACUCGAAGACGCGCCGCCACUCGAAGAAGAUCAUGGAGCUCUUCGAGCAGGUCUGGGCGUCGGAGGACGCGGACGCGUCCAUCGAGCUCGAGAUGGUGGCGAUGAUCUUCGGGAAGAAGGACGACUCCCGGGAGUCCUUCAAGCUCUUCGGCCAGUUCCCGGCCGAGCAGCUCUUCGUCGACUACGCGUUCCGCACGCACGGCGAGGACUACGUCGUGAACACGGACAAGAACUGCGGCGCGUCCUUCUUCCGCGACUCCGCGACGUUCCGCCGGAAGCGCGCGCGCGCGAUCGUCGAGCGCCUCCGCGCGUUCAAGGCGCAGGACCCGGCGGGCUACGAGGUCUACGGCGCCAUCCUCGGCGCGUUGCUCGCGUCCUGCGAGUGCAUCCUCGUCGACGACGGCAAGGUCCGGGUCGCGGCCGACGCCGCGCCGCUGCUCGAGGGCGGCGUCGCGCCCAUGGACGUCGACGACGCGGCGUCGGCCGAGGGCGGCGACGGGUCCGAGGAGGACGGCGACGGCGACGACGUCGCGGGCGGCUUCUCGGUCCCCGACGCGUUCCAGGACGAGGACGACGACGGCGUCGACGGCUGGGACGCGUUGUUCGGCGACGACUUCGCGUUCGACGUCGGCGUCGACGAGGGCCUCGGCGGCGCGGGCGAGGACGCCAUGUCCGGGGUGUUCGUGGACCACGCCGAGGGCGUCCGCGAGCUCCGGGCGUUUGAGGCGGUGGCGAAGACGUCGCUGGCCCAGCGCGCGCUCUGCGCGGUGCUGAAGCGGCUCGACCUCGGCGACGCGGCGCUGCCGCAGCUCGAGCUCGGCGGCGGCGGCGACGGCGGCGCGAGCGAGGAGGCCGCCGCCGUGUUCCGCGAGCCCUUCGACGGCGACGCCGCGGGCGACGCCGCGGCCGCGUUGCGGGAUCUCGUCGACGAGCACGGCCCCAACGCCUUCGCGCCCGCGGCGGCCGCCGAGGCGCCGGCCGCCGACGUGUCGCCGGCCGACGCGCCGCCGGACGAGGAGGCGACCGCGCGGCGCGACGGCUCGGACGGCGAGUUCGUCGAGUCCGCGGCCGGCGACGGCGAGUCCGCGUCCGGCGACGGCCCGCCGGCCGCGCCGGGCGACGGCGCCGUCGAGCACACGUCCGCGCGGACGCGCUACUCCCUCGUCGAGGACCUCCGCCUCACCCACGCGCGGCGCAUCGGCGGCGACGCGUCGGUCGUCGUCGCCGCGGUCGCCGCGGCGCUGCUCCCCGGGCGGUCGCCGAGGGCGCUGGCCGUGCGCCUGCGCAGCCGCGUCGACCUCCGCGUCGUCCGCCUCGCGCGCGUCGUGCACGAGGACCUCGGGGCCGCGCGCGACUUCCGCGCGGAGCGCGACGCGGUCCAGGCGCUCGCGCCGGUCGCGCCGCGCCGCCGCGUCGCGGCUUGCGCCAGCUGGCGCACGGGCGACUGGUUGGACGCCGAGACCGAGUUUGCCGAAAAGGUCAUCCAGUACUUCCGCCUCGGCUGGCUGCCGAACUGCGAGAACGGCGCGUCGCUGCGCGCGCUCCUCGCGGAGCUGCUCCACUGCAACCCCACGCGCAUCACGAGCAAGCUCUUGCGGGGCGACGACGCGCUCGGCAAGACGGCCUUCACGACGCUCGGCGAGAUCGACGCGGACGCGUGCGCGCAGUUCCGGGCCACGGAGCUCGCCUUCCCGGUCGACGGGGUCUUGUACGGCACCGUCAUCCCCGCGGACGCCGUCGAGGGCGAGAUCGUCAUGAUCCCGUCCUCCGCGCUCACGCGCCUCCCGGACCCGGCGGCCGCCUAG